UCUUCGUCUUCCUUCUUGUGACCCUUUCACCCUCAUCCUCUAUCUUCACAAAUGUUGUUUCAAUUCUUGAUUGAUUGCUCUCGAAACUGUUAUCAUCCGUUGCAAUUGAUGAACUAAUUAUUGAUUGAUUGAUUUCAAUCACAAGGGAAAAUGAGCCAGGGGUUGGAUGACGGCGAUGCCGACGCCUUGUCUGCUCUGGCCAACGCUCCUCCUCCUUCCACCGCCGGUACCAGGAAAACACAUUCACAACAGCUCCGCACAAACACCGGUACCAACUUCAAACGCCACCCAAAACAGAACCACCGCCAGCACAGCCUUGAUGAUGCCCGUAUUAGCGCAGCCAUUGAUGGAUUUGGCAACCACUCCGACGAAGAUGACGACCAUGACUUUUACCCUUACGCCACCUCAUCUUCUUUCUCAGAAUCUUCUCAUUCCGACCCCAACAGCCAAAAUCACUUCUUCCAUGGAAAUAACAACAGUAACAGCCACAACAGCAAUUCGAAUUCGUCAUCCUCCUUCGAAGACCAACACCCUUUGCCGGAAUUUUCAGCAAGCGGAGGUGGAGCCGGAAUCUUCAAAGCCCCUUCUCGAUCCGCUGUUCACCCAGGUCGACCCACCGCCCUUGAACUCCGACCUCACCCGCUAAAGGAGACUCAAGUUGGAAGAUUCAUCCGGACGAUUGCUUGUACAGAGACGCAGUUGUGGGCGGGUCAGGAGUCCGGUGUUCGGUUUUGGAAUUUCUCCGACGCAUUCGAACCAGGGCUCGGAAUCGGCGGUAGAGCUCGACGUGGUGAUGAAGAUGCAGCCCCUUUUUACGAAUCUGCAAAUACACCUCCCACCACAUGUUUGAUGAUUGAUUGUGCUAGUAAAUUGGUUUGGAGUGGACACAAAGAUGGUAAGAUUCGAUCAUGGAAAAUGGAUCAACAGCCCGCCGAUGAUACUCCGUUCAAAGAAGGCCUCUCAUGGCAGGCUAACCAGCGUGGCGCUGUUCUUUCCAUGGUCACUUCUUCUUAUGGUGAUAUAUGGAUGGGGUCUGAAAACGGAGUUAUAAAGGUCUGGCCAUGGGAAGCAGUUGAAAAGUCGCUAGCUUUAUCACCUGAAGAACGUCACAUGGCUGCUUUGCUUGUUGAACGCUCAAGUAUCGACCUUAAAAGCCAAGCCACCAUUAAUGGCGUCUGUCACAUAUCUUCUUCCGAUGUCAAGUUUCUAUUGUCAGAUAAAGUAAAAGCAAAAGUAUGGGCAGCUGGGUCCCUCAGUUUCUCACUCUGGGACGCUCGUACGAGGGAGCUUUUGAAAGUAUACAACGUAGAUGGUCAAAUCGACAACCGAAUUGACUCAUCGGAAAGAGAACAACCACCGGAAGAAGAACCUAGUGUAAGACCCAGUAAUUCAAAGUCCAAAAAAGAAAAACAACAAGGAGGUAGUUUUCUACAAAGAUCACGCAACGCCAUCAUCGGAGCUGCAGAUGCAGUCCGGCGAGUUGCAACGAAGGGAACAGGCGCAUUCGCAGCUGAAGACGCUAAAAAAACCGAAGCCCUUCUUCUUGCUUACGAUGGAUCCAUCUGGACAGGGUGUUCAAAUGGUUUAAUAGUUCAAUGGGACGCAAAUGGCAACCGUUUACAUGAUUUUCAUCACCAUCAUUGCGCUGUUCUCUGUUUCUGCACUUAUGGGCCAAGAAUAUGGAUCGGGUACGUGAGUGGAAUGGUUCAAGUAAUAGAUCUUGAAGGAAACUUGAUUGCUGGGUGGAUUGCGCAUAAUGGACCUGUUAUAAAAAUGGUAGUUGGGAAUGGAUCUGUUUUUAGUUUGGCUACACAUGGUGGUAUACGAGGUUGGUAUAUUUCAUCUCCUGGACCUCUUGAUAAUAUUUUGAGACCAGAGUUAUCGAAAAGAGAACAUAUGUAUACGACACUUGAAACUGUUAGGAUUAUGGUGGGGACAUGGAAUGUUGGUCAAGGGAAACCAUGUCAUGAUGCACUUGUGUCGUGGGUUGGAUCUCAGGCUUCUGAUGUUGACAUUCUUGUUGUUGGUUUGCAAGAAGUGGAUAUGGGUGCAGGGUUUCUUGCAAUGUCUGCUGCAAAAGAAACUUUAGGUGUUGAAGGAAGUUCUAAUGGACAAUGGUGGCAAGAUGCCAUGGGGAAGGCUAUGGGGGAAGGAUCUACUUUUGAACGCGUAGGAUCUAGGCAACUGGCUGGUUUGCUCAUUGCUAUAUGGGUAAGAAAGAGUCUUAGAACACACGUAGGCGAUCUUGAUGUUGGAGCAGUCGCUUGUGGCCUUGGUCGUGCACUUGGUAAUAAGGGUGGAGUAGGGUUGAGAUUAAGAGUAUAUGAUCGAAUAAUGUGCUUUGUAAACUGCCACCUGGCAGCUCAUUUGGAAGCAGUGACUAAGCGCAACCAAGAUUUUGAUCACAUUUACAAAAAUAUCGCGUUUGGGCGACCAAGCAAUAACACUUCUGCUUGUGUGUCCUCUACUGCUCAAUCGCUUCGCCCUACCAACUCUGUGGUUAUAAAUCCGGAUGAGGGGAAGCCUGAUCUAGCAGAAGCUGAUAUGGUUAUCUUUUGUGGCGACUUCAAUUAUCGUCUUUUUGGAAUAACUUAUGAUGAAGCACGCGACUUUGUUUCUCAAAGGAGUUUUGAUUGGCUAAGAGAGAAGGACCAGCUUAGAGCCGAAAUGAAAGCCGGGAAAGUUUUUCAUGGAAUGAGGGAAGCACUCAUCAGAUUUCCUCCUACUUAUAAGUUUGAAAGAGGAAAACCAGGUUUAGGAGGAUAUGAUUCCGGGGAGAAAAAGCGAAUUCCAGCUUGGUGUGACAGGAUAUUAUAUCGAGACAAUCGAUCUUCUCCAACAUCGGAAUGCAGUUUAGCAUGUCCUGUUGUGGCUUCUAUUUUUCUGUAUGAAGCUUGUAUGGACGUGAUAGAGAGCGAUCACAAACCAGUUCGUUGCAAAUUUAAAGUCCAAGUUGCCCAUGUUGAUAGAUCGGUGCGAAGACAAGAAUUUGGAAAAAUAUAUAAGUCCAACGAAAAAAUAAAAUCGAUACGUGAAGAACUACGUUGCGUUCCCGACACUUCACUCGGUACACACAAGCUCGUCCUCCAAAAUUCAGACACCCGACCUUUAUCAAUCACCAACAAAAGCACCAAAGAUGAUGCCAUAUUUCAAAUCUUAUGUGAUGGUCACUCUGCCAUUAAAGACAAUGAAGAGCCUGAGUAUAGACAAAGAGGUUCCUUCGGAUUUCCUCGUUGGCUAGAGGUGGCACCGGCGGUUGGCAUAAUAAAACCCGGAAGCACAGCGGAAAUAUGGGUCCACCAUGAUGACACACAUACCUCGGAUGACGUGGAGGGUGUGGGUCAAAGUUGGAGGUCGGAAGACACACGUGACAAGGUAGCGAUGUUAUCGGUAGUAAUUAGGGGCAGCCGAUCAACUGAAACAAAAAGUCACCAGUGUCAUGUACGCUAUCGCUACUCUCCUAAGGCUAGUAGUAGUGGUAGCAGUGGUAGUGCGCACAUGGAACCACCACCAAAAGGUUAUGGUUCUAAAAAGCAUCCAUCUUCUCAUCACCGGUCUUUUGCUAAACAUGGUGAUGAUCAUCAUCGGAGUAGUAGACAUGAAUGAUUCUUGAAUUAAGCUAGCUAGCUAGUACAGAAUGCAAAAUAGAUGAACAAGAAUCGGAUGUUACUUGGCUUCUUGAUGUAAAUACGUACGAGUGCCAGAUUCCAAGAUCC